AUGGCAGUUAACACUUGGGUCCAGUGCAGCAGCAUUUGUUUUACAUUCACUUUAACUCUGUUCUAUGCUGAGAAGCAGCCCUACACUUUCAUCAUUACUAGAUGUGCUCCAGAAAUCGCCUGUCUGCCCAGCUUUCUAGAGCAAACAUCACAGGGAACGAUUUUACAGCCUGUGUGUAACAUGUUUUCUUAUGAGCUGUACCACCAAAUGUUAAUUUUGAGGGAGGAAAAAUGUCCUGGGACUGCCAGAGAUGCCUUCAAGUUUAUUGCAGCUAAAAACAAACUGAAAUUCUGGUUGGAGUUGAACUCACUAGUGGAUUUUUUCACUAUACCCCCUGUUUGUGUUUCAAUCUAUUUAGGGAAAAACUGGCUUGGUAGGAUCUUCCAUCAAAUAAGAUUCCUUCGAGCUGUAAGACUGAUAGAGCUUCCCAAAAUUUUACAGUUACUCAAAAUCACUAAAACUGGCACUGCAAUCAAACUGUCAAACCUACUUGCUGUUUUCUUAAGUACCUGGCUGACUGCUGCUGGAUUUCUUCACUUGCUGGAGAAUACUGGAGAUCCAUGGACAGGUCGUACAAACAGACAGCACAUCACCUACUUUGAUUGCAUCUACCUUCUUAUGGUUACUAUGUCAACAGUUGGCUAUGGAGAUAUCACUGCAAAAACAGUAAUGGGCCGCAUCUUCUUGCUCUUCUUUAUUGUUGUAGGUCUGGCAUUGUUUGCCCACCAUGUCCCAGAAAUCAUGGAUAUUGUAGGGAGCAACAGAAAGUUUGAUGGAUUACAUGUGUCAGUUGGAGGAAGAAAGCACAUUGUGGUGUGUGGUUAUAUUACUGUGGAUAGUGUCACAUCAUUACUUAGAAACUUCAAGCAUGAGGAUAGGGGGAAAAUCAGCACAGACAUUCUCUUUAUGGAAGAAAUCAAACCCAACCUUGACCUGGAAGCUGUUUUUAAAUGCAACAAAUUCCAAAUAACAUUUUUCCAUGGAUCAGUAUUAAGUUUUCAGGACCUGAAGAGAGUUAAGAUGGAGUUUGCAAGUGCUUGCAUUGUAUUGGCUGACAAAUGUUGUGCAAACCCAGAACAUGAAGAUAUGUCAAACAUUAUGAGGGUCAUAUCAAUCAAAAAUUACUAUCCUCAGGUCAGAAUAAUAAUACAGAUUUUGAAAUCUCACAAUAAGAGGUACCUACAGAAUAUUCCUGCUUGGGACUCAGCAAGAGGAGAUAGCAUCAUAUGUCUAGCAGAGCUCAAACUAGGUAUCCUUGCUCAGAGUUGUCUGGUCCCUGGAUUCUCUACUGUGUUGAUAAAUCUAUGUUCAAUGAAAUAUAAUCUGAAGAUGGAGCAGCCAUACGAUGAGCUCAGGAAGAGUAUGCUCAAAGAUUUGUUGGAAGCUAGUGGAAAAGUCACCGGCAAAAAGUCCAAGGCAGCAAUCAUUGCUGAACUGAUGGAAGGUGACAGGGCUAACGAGCCGACUGGUGGGUCAGAUAGUGACCAGAGCAGUGAGCAGCCCAGGGAGGCGUUGAUGGGGAAGACAGUAAUGUCCAAGGUCCAGAGGGAGAUCCAGUGGUGA